AUGGUAAAUUGUACGGAUCGUCUAAGGUCACCGGAAGGCACGUUCACCGUGCAUAAAAUAUACGGGGAUGGAAACUGUAUGUUCCGUGCGAUAAGUUUAAUUCUUUGGGAAACCGAAGAAGAACAUCGCUCUCUGCGUACUCUGGUUGUUCACCACAUCAUGGAUCACUGGCGAGAUUACGCACCGUAUGUUUUGGCCGAGUGGGGAAUAAGCCGACCCGAAGAUUAUCUCGAUUACAUGAAGCACGAGGGGGUGUUUGCCAGUGAACUUGAGUGCAUCGUCGCUACCAAAAUCUACGGCCUCGAUUUGUCUAUUUACCGCAGGGUUAACGAGGUUGAUGUCAAGCGGGUCUUUUACAACCGCGUGGAUCCCAGUCGCGGCACAGCGCGUCUUCUCUUCACCGGGCGCUCCGACAGCGGGCACUACGACGUCCUUUAUCUUGAUCCAUAAAUUAUUUCAUUAC